AUGGGACUGGGAUACCCACUCUCUCCGAAAUCGAGAACGAGCGACAUUCUCGAUUCGUUUUGGCUCUGGGUGGAAACGUUAGGCACCGUCGUCCAACCGAACGCGAACAGGAGACAGAGUCGAAAAAUCGGCCGGAGAAUUCUCCUGUUCAUUUUUCUGUUGAACAUGUUCAUUUUCACGAGCAACGUGUUUUGGCUGAGGAGAGAUUUGAUGAAGGAAGAGGACGAGUCUUUGACAAAGUUGAGUUUAGAACGCGCCAGGAAGUUGGCGUUUAGUAGUAGUAGUGGCACUCUUAACGACGAAUCCAUUCAAAAGCGAGCGCAACGAGCGAUAUACGAACGACGAGAAGGUAUUUACGAUCCCGCGAAACAAACGCAACAACAACGCGCAAUCAUUUCGGUGCGUUCGUUCGACAUCGACCCGAUUUCCGGCGAGUUCGUGCCGAAGAAAGAGAUUCGGAAACAACCGGAUAAAUAUUUCGUGACGCAUCCGGUGUUGGUGUCGGGGGUGUGUUCGAAGACGCUACCGAGCGUGAGAGAGUUGGUCGGGAGUUUACACUUUUGGCACCCGGAAGUAGUCGUUUGGUUGUACGAAGUUGGGCCGUUGUUAGAGAGCGAGAAGGACGAAGUCGCACAUUGGAGAAACGUGUACGCGAAGAGAGGCGUGGACGCGUUGCAAUACGCGCUUUUAGACGAGAGGUUGGAUUUAGGAUCUGGGGCGUUGGGGAAAGUGCAGCGAGAAGUGCGAACGAGAACGCGACAGGGCGUUUUUGAGAGCGGAACGUUACCGACCUUCGCUUUGGCGGAGAUUGAGCGGUUGAUGUUGACGCAAACCUUCGAGGACGAACCAGACUUCGAGGAAGAGGUGGACGAAAACGGGUUCCCCAUCAACGGCGGCGAAAAAGAUAAAGUGAGAACGAGAAGCUCGGUUUUAAAACGGAACGUUGGGGAAAUCGAUAUAUUACCAAGUUUAAUAUGGCACGCGGUAAAUAAGAACGGAAACGCGUUGUUCGUGCAUCACAACGCGCACGCGAGAGGGUGGAUCGACAACGUUUUGAAGGCGCUGAGCAGAGAUAAGCGUUUUUUCGUUCAGGAAGAAACAACCAGAGGAGGGUGUAAUCCAAACGUGCAGGGAUAUUUUCGUUUCAACAACGCGACGGAGGAGAUUUUGAAAAUGCACGUGCAGUGUUCUUUAGGCGGCGCGUGUCCGAGAGCGAAUACUGUAGUCGGGGAAGAGAAAUCCGCGUUGAGCCCGGGCGAGGUGCCCGAGUUCCACAAUUGGUUCGGCACGAGACCGGAUUUACACGGGUUCAUCUGUAUCGAUUCCAAAGCGUCUAAAAUAUCCACGGUGGAAAGUUUAAAACAACUCGCGGAUGAAGGCGACGAGGUUGCAAAAAUUAUGCUCAAAGAACAGUACCACUGCAGAGUUCGUCACAAGAGAGAGCCGCCGGAAAUCGUCUUCGAAACGAAAGUGAGAGAACAGUCGUUCGGUAACGACAUGGCGAGGGAUACAUUCAAAGCCGUGCACGUCGUUUUAGGUGUCCCGAGUUCGACUUUGAACACGAAAUUAGUCAACUCCGACGCGUUACCAUUGGUAAACGUCUUACUGCCAUCGAUACUAGGAACGAUCGAUAAGAGUGGCAAACGAACGAGGUACACGUUGCUGGUUGGAUUCGAGCAGGGCGAUAUCGUCUACGAUUCUGCGCCGAAAAUGAAGCGUUUGCAAAAACGAAUGCAAGUCUUGAUUGGAGAUUACCCGGUGACUAUAAAAGUCGUGCGCUUUCACGUGUCCCUUUCGACGACGUACGUAUGGAACGGUCUUUUCGAUCGAGCGAUUGACGUCGAGAAGUGCGAUUAUUUCAUGACGGUGCACGACGACUCGGAAUUUUACCCUUCGCAAGGACAAUAUUGGGCGGAUAUUUUGAUAAACUCGUUGUUGAAUAACAACUUGGCGAAGAAUUUCGGCGUGGCGAGUCCCGAGGACGUGAGAGACGCGAGGAAAAUCACGCACGCGUUCGUACACAGGACGCACCGAGACGUCUUUGGCGCUUUAUACCCGGAGCAACUUUCAAACGAAGAGCACGCGAUUUGGAUUUCCCGCGUGUACGGAUACAAAAACACUUUCUUACAUCCAGAAGUGCAAGUGUAUAACUCUGGACGGUUUUCCGGUCGAUCGCUGAAAUGCGUAACGAGAGAGGAAAUUGUAAAUCACGAGGUGUACAUGUCCGCAGACUUGGUCAAAACGUGGGCGAUGGAAAAUUUAGGUGCGUAUUCGGAGCAUCUUCACAACGACUUGGAAGGUAUCGGCGCGUCGUCGAUUGUUGGAAAUGGUUAA